AACAAGAAGUAUUGAAAGCACACUACUCACGCCUCACGAGGAAGAAGACAGGCGGACAGACCGUCUCUCUCUCUAUUCCUACACACAAUAGUGAUCCAAAUAGACAAAUACAAGCAGUGCACAACUACUCCUCCCUCCUCUCCUCUGCUACACAACACAUACCCCAUUUCCAUAUAACCCGAAAGCACAAUCCACUUCUCUGGAAAACCAUGAAAAAGAUCUAACAUUCUUUAGUGUAGCAAUGCCUGUCAACAAUCCAAUCCUUGUUCUCACAUCCAUCUUUUUUUUCCUCGCCGCUUCAUCAAUGGCGGCGGCUCAUGAGCCCAGGCCCGGAUUCCUCUACACAAGAUCCAGAGGAACAUGCACUCCUCAGUAUUGGAGCAGCAGGAGCGAGUUGUGGCCGAAGAUGGUUCCCCACAGGUCCACGGUCUCCAACGUUUUCGGGUCGCAGGCCUUGGAGCGUUUCCGGCCCGACCUCACGCUGCUGGAGGCGGCGGCCAGGGACGAACCUGAUGAUACCCAGAAUGUCUUCGCGCGGCUGCUCAAGGAGUCCACGGCGGCGCUGCUCAACUCCUACGCUAGAAAAGGGUAUCCUUUCGCCGCCUGGGAGGUCAAGACGCUGCUCAUUCAGGCCCUCGUUUCAGACGCCGCCGCCGCCGCUCUGGCGGAGAGGUUUCUUCAGGCCAAUCACAACUGUGCUUGAUAUUUCUAUAACAAUAGGAAAGAAUUUGUGGGGAUUUUGGGAUGUGGUGAAAGCGAUGGUUUGGAUUCUGGUAUCUGCAAUUAUUUGCUUUUUUCUUUUUUCUUUUUUACCAUUGCGAUUUAGAACUACUAGUUUUAUAUUACUCCUACUAGAUGUUUAGUGCUUAGAUCGGAUUAUAGUUUCUUCAUAUGCAUCAAGGAAAACAGUUGUGUAUU